AAGUUUUUCGCGGUUAGUAUGUCUCUUAUCUCUACUCCAAUGAUCCUCCGGUGCCUACACAAAUGGUGUAGCUCAUAAUAAUGGGUAUGCUUCGAAUAGGUAUUUUAACCGUCCUAUUAAUCACUGAUGCGGUAAACACAUUACGUCUUAAGGGGAAAUGGAAUCCAUCCAACAGAUAUUUGUUUUUGACAAAGUUUGGCUUUCAACGGACUCAAAUUGAUGAACUUGAGGCCACAAGGGGUUAUAUUUAUGGGACAGUGAAGCUAGAAAACGUGUCAAAUACACAUAAUUUGACAGACCUUGCUACAUUGGUUUUGGUUGACGGUGAGUUCAUUAUGGAUCUUUAUGGAAACGCCACAGAAUCAAUAUGGACACAAAAUGUAACUGGUGCGACAUAUCAGGAAAGUCAGUGGCUCAUGGAAACUGAACGUUGCAACAAAAUGUUUGAUAAAAUCAACUCUCUUGCUUGGCACAAGACGUGUUCCCCCACAGGAGAAAUGGAUUUACUUCGAUCCGUACCAUGUUCUUCAUCUGGGCUUUGCGCGGAGGAGGAUGAUCCUGAAAGUGUAGUACCGAAUUCACAAUUUACUUUUAUUGUGCAAGACCUUCGGCAACCACGUUAUUGGUAUUUGAGUUUGGUCGCAUGUAAACGUAAUUUAACUACAUGUAAAUGGGAGACUACUGCAAUUCCUCGUCAUUCAAAUUCAUCAUUAUCAUCGUCAUCAACUUAUUCCUUAUUAACAGUGAUUUAUGAUAUAUGGCUUGUUAAUGGUGAACCAAAAUUACAGUCUUUCAAUCAAUUUGAACAUCAUUUCUCUUUUGAAACACAUGGAAUCGCACAAAUGUUUUUUAUAUUCCUGUCACUCUAUAUUAUUUUGAAUAUAACAACACAUAUCAAACUGGCCAACAACCGUUCACUUCAUGUUUGCCUCUACCUUACUCAUCUUUGGUUGGCUAGUCUGGGAACACUGUUGGCUGCUGUUCACUGGGGUGUUUUUUCAUUCGAUGGUCUGGGACUAGGUCUGAUUUCAGAGCUGGGAACAGUAAUUACACAAUGGGCAGACUCAGUGUUCCUAGCUGUCCUAUUGUGUACAUGUCAAAUGGGUUUCAGUCCUCAAUGUCCGUCAAUCGCAUUCCAAUCUUGUGAUACUUCCAAAGCUCUUCGUCCACUAACCUCCAAAGUUUUUUCCACUUUACCAACCGGAUUCCUCCAUCUUGGUAAAUUUAGUCAUAAAUUGUACAGUUACGAUCCUAUCCAAGAAAAUAUUUAUGCUAGGCCAUCAACUAAUCAGGAAAAGUCCACAUCAUUUUGGCCAUAUGUACUUUUAUUGGUUACUCUGUUGGUCGGAGUCAAAACUUUACUGUAUAUAUGGGCUAUGUUUGAUAGAGACCCUGUAAUCGAUUUUUCUGUUUGGAAUACAGUACCUGGUUGCUUAUUGUUAGCCUUAAGAAUUUGCCUAGUGUUCUGGAUAUUGGUAGUUGUAGGACGCAGGCAUUUUAUAGCACAGAUUUGUUCGGAGUCGUACAAUAUGGAUUUAUGUAUCUUGGGGCCAAAUAUUAAUACAAUGCAAUUUGCCGCUGGUUAUCUCCUGUGGAUUGUUAUCUUACCAUUAGUAGUGUUUAUCGGUGAGACUAGUGUAUCUCCCUUGUGGCGAACAAAAACUAUAUCAAUAAUAUGCUUCUCUACUGAUUAUGUCGCGGCUGUUGCGUACGCUUGUCUUUUAUGGCGUUCGAACUCACUUUUGGAUGAAAACGUGUUGGGUCAUCGUUGCUCAAUGUAACUUUAUUCUUCCCUUCCUUUCUGCUUUCCCACCCUCUCCUCUCUGUUUGGAUCCUGCAAAUCAUUUUGAUGUUUAUUAUAUUCUACACUGUUAUUAUUAUUAUUGCCUUUUUAUUUUCAGUCUAUCUGUUAAAUUUGUGCAUUAUCAACAGAUCUAUAUAGAUGCUUCAGAAAUAUGAUUUUUUAAGCGUUGUUUUUUGUAUUGAUACCAUGUGGAUUAUAUUCAUUAUUUGCUAUUUUGGAAUUUCAAGAUGUAUGUUCAUUGUUUUCUUCAUUCUUUAUUUCCAUGUUCACAUUAGUGGAUUGUCAAUCCUUUUUUUUUCCUCAGUGUUUUUUGUUAUUUAUAUAUUUGCUCACAAUUAAUUUUGUGACUGAUGAUUGCAUAACAGAUAAGUGGAUUUUGAUCUCCUCACUUUAUGUACUAUUUAACUAUGACAGUGGUGAUAUGACUUAACUUGAAAUAUAAUGUACAUUUUUAAAAAUUUCGGUAAACAGUUCACAAUACACGUAAUAUAUUAUUACUUUGUACAUUUUCGGAUUAUAGUUUAUUUAUUAAAUUGUAUUCAUUUGCAAUAGUGUAUUCAACUGAUGGAGAAGCAGUUUAUUUAGUACAAUUAUUAUCAUAUGUGCUUCAUAGGGAAAGGCACAUUAUACAAAUGUAUUCUCUAUAGUAGGCUGUUUUUUUUAAAGAGUUAACCACCG